GUGUAUAUAUAAGUAUAAUAUUAAGACACAUAUUACUGGAGGUAUAAUAUUUAGUUGAGUCAGUCCGAAAGGUAAACAUGGCGACUUCUUUACCUAAAGGAACGUCAGCUGAUAGCCAAAGUUUUGACAGGGACACUGUCGUGAAAGAGCUGAAAGAGAAUGGAUAUGCCGUAGUAAAGAACGUUUUUACGCCUGAACAGUGUGAUGAAUACAUUCAGCAGUACAGAUCUUGGAUGAAAAAGUUUGACCGUGCAGGCAUCGAAUGUUCACAUAAACAUUCAAUAAUCCAGUCUUACAGAACAGGCCAUUUUGCGGCAACAUGGGCGGUUAGGCUUAAAGCGAAGCCAGUGUUCGCAAAGAUAUGGAAAACAGAGAAACUACUCUCCAGUGCGGAUGCCGUAGCUAUAUCUAAACCUCCAGAAGAAGGAAGUGAUGAUUUCGCCAAUCCAAAUCGUGAAUGGCUACAUCUAGACCAAGCUGUACAUAGGGAGGGCCUCCACGCCUUCCAGGGCGGGGUCAAUUUAGAGGAGAGCACUGACACAGAUCACUGCUUCCGGGUCAUGGCAGGGUCACAUGUAUAUCACAAGGAAUUCUACCGAACAUUUCCGAACGCUGCCGAAAAAUCACGACGGAUAGAACACUAUAAGCUCAACGACGUUGAGAAAGAUUGGUAUAGUAAAAGAGGAUGUAAACGGACAAAAGUUCCGGUUCCGAAAGGUGGUAUGGUUUUGUGGGAUUCCCGAACGGUUCAUGACAAUAUCAAACCAGAAUACGGUCGGCCAAACAAAGACAGGUGGCGUUUUGUAGUGUUUGUGUCUAUGACCCCAGCGAUUUGGGCAUUUCCAGAAGACUUGGCGAAAAAGAGGGACGCCUAUGAAAAUCUGCUGACAACAUCUCAUUGGUCAUCACAGGGCGUGAGAGCAUUCAAGGAAUACAACCCUCAAAAAGAUGAUCCAAAAUAUACUAUCCUAACACAGCCUGACAUUGCGAAAACAAGGGAAGCUAGGCUUUUACUCGGAAUAGAAGAGUAUGAUUUUGAGGAUGGUGAGCCGAAUGGCCCAAAGACACCAACAUGGCAAGACUAUAACGAACGUGUAUAGGAACAUCAUAGAUUGCCUAUUCGGCUUCAAUUCAGAAAGAAUGUAGAAAUUUAGCAUAAAAGGAAUAGACAUAUCUAAAUAAAAUUCGAUUGGCCAACUUCACUGAUUAUUUUGGACAUCGUGACAAUAUAAGUAUCUGAUACAAUGUGGAGUGUACAAGCAUUAAAAUACACUGAUACACUAUAAUAGCUGCCUGAUGGUGCUCCCUGUGUUCAUGUCAUUAUGAUAUUUGACUUUGAAACAGUUCUCGUGCUCAAAUACUUUUAGUGUUAAAUGAUGAGAUGAGGAUGAGAUUUUGAUGAUUGUAUGAUGAUGAUGACCAUGAUGAUGAUGAGAAUGAUGAUGAUAUUAUGAUGAUAAGAUUAUGAUGAUAAGGUUGUGAUGAUUAGUAUGAUGAUGAGAAUAUGAUGUGAUGAAGAUACUAUGAUGAUUAGUUUGAUAAUGAGAUGAUUAUGAUAUUAUGAUUAUAAUGUUGAUACUGAUGAUGAUGAGAGAUCAUGAUGACUGUAUGAUUAUGAGAUAAUGAAGAUAAUUAGUAGGAUGAUGAUAUUAUGAAGAUAGGAUUAUGAUGAUGAGAUGAUGAUGAUGAUGAUGAUGAUGAUGAUGAUGAUAUUAUGAAGAUUAGUUUGAUGAUAAGAUGAUGGUUAUGAUUAGUUUGAUAAUGUGAUGAUGAUAUUAUGAUGAGAUUAUGAAGAGAUGAUGAUAAUGAUGAUGAUAUUAUGAUUAUGGUUAUUAUUAUGAUGAUGAUGAUGAAAGACCUAGUUUGUGAUGAUGGUGAAGAUGAUUGUAUAAAAAACAUACCUAUUGGAAUUGAUGUAUGUAUGUGUGUGUGAUUAUUAAUGUAUUUAUGUAUUAAAAAUGCCUUAAAAAUUAAAAAUUAAAAAAAAA